CAGAUUGAAAUUUUCCUCAAGCUAGAUUUCUAAAAACAUUUUUACCACGGAAAUUGACUAGAAAUUGCCAGCCAGCAAUCAUCACCAGACAACAGCCAACAAGGAAACUUCACACACGACAGUAUAAAAGUGUUUUGCGCCUCCUCCCCUUCAAAUUAAUAUUGAAAGCAAACUCUGUAGGCCAGAUCUUAAAUGCUCUAACCAAAAGACCGCGCGAUCCUGACGAACGAAUAGAACAAACCCACGACGAGGACUAGGACGAUUGAAUCAAAGCAACCACGGUGUGGUCAUUUCUAUAUCGGUGUGCCGCUGCAGCUCCUGGUGCCGGCAUGGGCGCCAACGUAUCGCAGCUGGAGCGGGAGAUUGGCUCCGACCUGUUCCCGCCCAACGAGCACUACUUCGGGCUGGUGAACUUUGGGAACACCUGCUACAGCAACUCGGUGCUGCAGGCUCUCUACUUCUGCAAGCCGUUCCGCGAGAAGGUCCUGGAGUACAAGGCCAAGAACAAGAGGCCCAAGGAGACGCUGCUCUCCUGCCUGGCGGACCUCUUCUACAGCAUUGCCACGCAAAAGAAGAAGGUGGGCUCCAUUGCGCCCAAGAAGUUCAUCACGCGGCUGCGCAAGGAGAAGGAGGAGUUCGACAACUAUAUGCAGCAGGAUGCCCACGAGUUCCUCAAUUUCCUGAUCAACCACAUCAACGAAAUCAUUCUGGCCGAGCGGAAUGCAGGACCCACCAAUGGAAAUCCUAAAUCCAAUACAGGCGGAGCCACAAGUGCCAUGGCGAGCAGCAUAGCUAGCAAGUCCAGCUCAACGUCAAACUCCAAUUCCAAUUCGACAACGAACUCAAAUGGAAACAGCAGCAACUCCACGGGUUCUCUAAACGCCACCACAAGUGUCCUAGAUGCCAGUGGCAGUUUGACGGCCACCACAACACCCAUUAUACCGGGAAAUGGAACAGGGACCAAUGGGGCCAAUUCGGAGCCCACCUGGGUGCACGAGAUCUUCCAGGGAAUCCUUACCUCGGAGACCAGGUGCCUUAACUGCGAGACGGUGAGCAGUAAGGAUGAGAAUUUUUUUGACCUCCAGGUGGACGUGGACCAGAACACCUCGAUUACGCACUGUCUGCGGUGCUUUAGCAACACGGAGACCCUUUGCUCGGACAACAAGUUCAAGUGCGACAACUGCUGCAGUUACCAAGAGGCCCAGAAGCGUAUGCGGGUGAAGAAGCUGCCCAUGAUCCUGGCUCUGCACCUCAAGCGCUUCAAGUACAUGGAGCAGUUCAAUAGGCACAUCAAGGUCUCUCAUAGGGUCGUCUUUCCGUUGGAACUGCGGCUUUUCAACACCUCGGAUGAUGCAGUGAAUCCGGAUAGACUCUACGAUCUGACCGCUGUGGUCAUCCAUUGCGGUUCCGGACCUAAUCGUGGCCAUUAUAUAUCCAUUGUGAAGAGCCAUGGACUGUGGCUUCUAUUCGACGACGAUAUGGUGGACAAAAUAGAGGCCUCCACCAUCGAGGAUUUCUACGGUCUGACCUCUGACAUACACAAGUCCUCAGAGACGGGCUACAUACUUUUCUAUCAGUCACGGGACUGCGCCUAAUACUUUUAUGUUAUUUUCUAAUAGCAGUUAAGUUGAAAGUUUCCAAUCUCCUGUGAAGGAAUGCUAAAGCUAAGCCCAAAAUUUUAUGUCGUUUACUAUCUUAUCUACGCAUACAUA